AUGGAAACAGUACUUUAAGAGAGUAUACUUGCAUUAACUUUUGGUCACUAGAGAAGCAGCAUUAUCUACUUGGCUCAACAUAAUUUCUAAUGUGAGAAUCCAAUAAAUGAAUUGAUCGAAUUAGAAUUGCACAAUCAGACUGUAUCGGAUAGGUAAAUAAUAAUAAUUGAUCUUAGGUAUAUCAUCUCAAAAUAGCUACCAAAUCAACCUCCAUUCUUGCUUAUCAUUUCAAGAAGGAAGGAUUUCUAAUUUUUGCAUUUCAAACCUUACUUAAUGGAAAUAUGAUAAUUGGGAAAUAGUGCAUAAGGAUUCAAUCAAUCAAUUUUGUUAUUUGAGACCAAGGGAAGAGUGGAUAUGAAAUUUCAUAUGCCGAUGUGAGCAAUCUGGAUGU